AUGGGGGACGGUAAGGCGACGACAAGUCCCAGGCCCCCAUCAAAGGGAUCCGCCGACACCUCCACGGCCAACGUUAGCACUGACCGCGUCCCACGCCGUCGUUUCAACCCACGUGACGACGGGAGUUCGAGGGGUGCGUGUGGAUGCCACAAGACAGGACCUGCGCAAGCGCAUAAAUCUUGUCUGCGCGCGCACGCCCAAGUACCCUUCCAGACCCCUUAA